UCGGAUGCAUCAACUACCAACUGGGUUAAUAUGCAAUCCAUCACUCAAGAAAAUGAUUUGGAAGCAUUCUUGAGUACUGCUCAGCUUGCUGGAACUGAAUUCACUGCUGGCAAAAAACUCAAUGUAAUGGUUUUGGACACUCAGUCAUUUAAACCGGUUCUUCCAACUGCAGAAGAAGAGCAAAAAACACUCAUGUUGCAUGAGGAGCACAAAGACCGUCUUACUGUUCCUCGUCGGCCUAAAUGGACUAAAUCCACCACUCCAGAUGAGCUCAAACUUCUUGAACGCAACUCGUUCCUUGAAUGGCGUCGUGGGCUCGUCUUUUUAGAAGAAACGGAGGGAUUGAUCAUGACUCCCUAUGAGCGUAAUAUUGAAGUAUGGAGACAGCUGUGGCGUGUAGUUGAAAGAUCGGACUUGGUUGUGCAGAUUGUCGAUGGUCGCAAUCCAUUGUUGUUCCAGUGCAAGGAUUUGGAAAAAUAUGUCAAGGAAGUAUCGCCUGUCAAGAAAAAUCUGCUGUUGAUCAACAAGGCAGAUUUAUUGACUGCAAAACAAAGAGAAGCAUGGGCCGACUACUUUGAUGAACAGGGCAUCAGUUACAAGUUCUUUUCUGCUGCAAUGGCAAAAAAAAAGAUUGUGUUGGAACAAGAAGCAGAAAAGCUUGAACGUGAAAUGGCAGAGUUGAAACUGGAGGAAAACCAAGAACCUAAAAAUGUAAAUGAUGACCUAGAGGAAGAGGUGGAUGAUUUGGAUGAAUGCCAAGAUGAUCUCUCUCCUCGAAUUCGCAUUAUUGGCGCUGAAGAUCUCUAUGACUUGUUUGUGGAAGAAUGUCCUUACACUACUCGUGAGGAUAAUCCUGACGCAAAAGUUAAUAUUGGUUUUGUUGGAUAUCCAAACGUUGGAAAAUCAUCCACGCUUAAUGCACUUGUUGGUGCUAAAAAGGUAGCGGUAGGAUCUACUCCUGGUAAAACAAAGCACUUUCAGACUAUCCAUAUGUCAGACAAGCUCGUUCUUUGCGACUGUCCUGGAUUGGUGUUUCCCUCAUUUGCUACUACAAAAGCUGAAAUGGUGUGCAAUGGUAUUUUACCCAUUGACCAGCUUCGUGAGUACGUUGAGCCAGCCAGUUUAGUUGCUCAACGCAUCCCAAAGUAUUAUCUCGAAGCAGUGUACGGUAUCACCAUCAAAACCCGUGGUAUCGAAGGAAAUCUAGUCAAUAGAGCACCUACAUCUGAGGAAUUUCUUUCAGCCUAUGCAGUUGCUCGUGGUUAUACCAAGGCCAGUCAAGGCAAUCCCGAUGAAGCUCGUGCGGCACGAUACAUUUUAAAAGACUACGUGAAUGGAAAGCUGCUUUUCAUUCAUCCACCGCCAUCGUUUGAUGCACUUGAUUUCAACAGAGAAAUAUACGAG